UUGGAGUCUGUUGUGUUUUCGUGUCUCUCAGAGGAAAUAUUUACAUAUUUCAUCUCCUGCUGCAACCAUGACUUCGGUUCAGGCUUUCAGAGAGUUUAUCAGCGAGCGACUGACUGCUGCUGCGGGAGAAAUAUUCACCGUGUUUGAACAGACUAUCGUUCAGUACGAGGAGGAGAUUGGUCGACAACGCAAACUGCUGGAAAUCAGCAUCAAACCUCAAAUCAGCUUAAACAGAACAGAGCUUCCACAGCUCCAUGACUGCAGAGAAGAUCGGCUCCUUCAACAGAAAACAAACUGCUGUGGAGAGCAGGGAGAACCAGACCCUCCACUGAUCAAACAGGAACAAGAAGAAAAAGAACUUCUGCAGUUUGAGGAGGACCGAGAGGAGACAGAACCUCCACGGAUCAAAGAGGAAGAAGAAGAACUAGAACUUGUCCCGUUAAAAGAGUUCCAGGAGGAACCAGAGCCUUCACAUACUGAGGAGGACGAGGAACUCGGUCCCAGCCAGGAGGGAGAGCAGCUCAUGCUGAACCUUGAAGGUGACGCCUUUAAUGUAUCUUCUAUUGAGGAACAGCGUUACCUGAGUGAAGCAGAAGAAGUACUGCAGUUCCUCUCUCAUGACUCUCAAGUCCACCAUGUGAAAAAAUAUCUGGACUCCAAGUCAACUAGAAAUACAGAGCUGAUAAACGUCAGCGGAGUUCAUAGUGAGCGUGUGGAGAGCUUCAGCGUGCCGGAGAAGCAGGCUGCAUUCGAAAAGCUGCUUUGUGAGGAAACGCGCGGCGAAAUUGUCCCUAAAAAACGUAAAUCAUGUCAGAACUCAGGAGGCCUCAGUGGUAAGAUCAUUUGUGAAAUCUGUGGUAAAAGUUACAUCCGACGGAGUGAACUGAUGCGCCACAUGAGAAGCCACACAGGUGAGAAGCCGUACUCUUGUGAAACAUGCGGGAAAAGUUUCAGUUUGCAGGGUAAUUUGUUGGUCCACAGGAGAACUCACACAGGUGAGAAGCCGUAUUCCUGUACGAUAUGUGGGAAAAGUUUCAGCCAACAGAGUCAUUUGUUGGGCCACAUUAGAACUCACACGGGUGAGAAGCCGUAUUCCUGUACCAUAUGUGGGAAGAGUUUCAGUAAACAGAGUACUUUUGUGGGUCACAUGAGAACUCACACAGGCGAGAAGCCAUAUUCCUGUAGGCUCUGUGGGAAGAGUUUUGGUCAGCAGAGUCACUUGGCGGGCCACAUGAGAACUCACACGGGUGAGAGGCCGUAUUCCUGUGAAACAUGUGGCAAAGGUUUCAGUCAACAGAGUACUUUAGUGGGACACAUGAAAACUCACAGACAUGGGUUCAGGAAAGGCUCUUAGAUCUCAUUCAGGACGUCCAGCUGGAGCCCACAAAACAGAACGUAUCAACACUGUUGAUCAGGACCUGUCAGACACAAUGUGGCAGAUUUGGGCCCCGAAGCGCUUGUAAAUCUUAGGAUUUUAAAUUAAAAGAUACAAUGUAAACACUUUAACAGAAAAGGUGGAAAUUUUAUACAUUUAAUGCUAGAACUUUGGAAUUAUAUAUUUUAAAUUGACUGUGUUUCCCUCUUUCAAGCAGUCCGGUCAGUUGUUUUCCACUCUGUCUGUUCAGGCUGCUGAGGUUGUCAUCAACCGGAGGCAGCUGUCGGUCAAAGCAAUGUCGACCAUCCUUGUUCAUGUUUCUCAAUCUUUUAAAGUAGCAGUGAUCAUUUUUACUGAACUUACCCAUGAGAGUUCUCAUAGCACCUCACAUUUGUAUUUGAGUGUUCAAUAAAAUGUAACGACGACACAUUAACCGGUUUAGGAGAUUUUCCAUAUUAAGUUAGCGUCAUGCUAAGCACUACUUUCCACUCUUCAUGUUCAUUUCAGUAUUACUAUAUGUUCCUGUUGUGUGUACUGAUUAAUGAUUGUGUUAUU